UGACCCAAACCUCGAAUCGGGGCUUCACUGGACACGCCCCCUUUUACUCGGUACAAGCCUCUGUGCCUCGGCUUCAAAUGACCAUCACUAAGAAGAGGACGAAAAGGCUUCAUCAAAUGAGCACAGAAACAUUUCCAAGUUGUGUGAAGUUCUCCUGAUUUCAACAAAAAGACGACUUCCUUUUGAGCUACAAGAUCCACCAACAGAAUGACCUUCACAUGUGACCAGUGUGGAAAAGUGUGGCCAAAUGCUUCCAGACUUAAAGUACAUUACAGAACUCACACAGAGGAAAGACCGUAUGAGUGUGACCAGUGUGGGACAGGAUUCAAACAAUCUGGUGAGCUCCAUCGACAUAUGAGAAUCCACACAGGAGAGAAGACAUUUGAAUGUGAUGUUUGUGAGAAGACAUUUUCACUGUCAAGCCACCUAAAAUCACAUAUGAGAGUCCACACUGGAGAGAAACCAUUUGAAUGUGACGUUUGUAAGAAGACAUUUUCACAGUCAAACAGCCUAAAAUCACAUAUGAGAAUCCACACUGGAGAGAAACCAUACAAGUGUGACCAGUGUGGGAUCCAAUUUAGAGACUCUAGUACCCUCCAUCGACAUAUGAGAAUCCACACAUCAGAGAAGCCAUUUGAAUGUGAUGUUUGUGAGAAGAAAUUUUCACAGUCAAGCCACCUAAAACAACAUAUGAGAGUCCACACUGGAGAGAAACCAUUUCAAUGUGAUGUUUGUGAGAAGACAUUUUCACUGUCAAGCCACCUAGAAUCACAUAUGAGAGUCCACACUGGAGAGAAACCGUACGAGUGUGACCAGUGUGGGAAGAAAUUUAAAGACUCUAGUGGCCUCCAUCAUCAUAUGAGAAUCCACACAGGGGUAAAACCAUACAGAUGUGAGGUUUGUGAGAAGACAUUUUCACUGUCAAACAACCUAAAAUCACAUAUGAGAGUCCACACUGGAGAGAAACCAUACAGAUGUGAUGUUUGUGAGAAGACAUUUUCACAGUCAGGCCACCUAAAAUCACAUAUGAGAGUCCACACUGGAGAGAAACCAUACAGAUGUGACCAGUGUGAGAAAACUUUCUCUCAAUCAUCCAGUCUCAAUACACACUACAGAACUCACACAGGGGAAAGACCGUACGAGUGUGACCAGUGUGGGACGGGAUUCAAACAAUCAGAUCAUCUCCAUCAACACAUGAGAGUUCACACAGGAGAGAAGCCAUUUGAAUGUGACGUUUGUGAGAAGACAUUUUCACGGUCAAGCCACAUAAAACGACAUAUGAGAGUCCACACUGGAGAGAAACCAUACAAGUGUGACCAGUGUGGGAAGAAAUUUAGCACUGUCAGGCACCUAAAAUCACAUAUGAGAGUCCACACUGGAGAGAAACCGUAUGAGUGUGACCAGUGUGGGAUCAAAUUUAGAAACUCUAGUGGCCUCCAUAAACAUAUGAGAAUCCACACAGGGGUAAAACCAUACAGAUGUGAUGUUUGUGAGAAGACAUUUUCACUGUCAGGCCACCUAAAAUCACAUAUGAGAAUCCACACUGGAGAGAAACCAUACGAGUGUGACCAGUGUGGGAUCCAAUUUAGACAAUCUAGUGGUCUCUAUUGACAUAUGAGAGUCCACACUGGAGAGAAACCAUUUGAAUGUGACGUUUGUGAGAAGACAUUUUCAUGAUCAAACAGCCUAAAAAUACAUAUGAGAGUCCACACUGGAAAGAAACCAUACAGAUGUGACCAGUGUGGGAUCCAAUUUAGACAGUAUAGUGCCCUCCAUCAACAUAUGAGAGUCCACACAGGGGUAAAACCACACAGAUGUGACGUUUGUGAGAAGACAUUUUCACUGUCAGAAUCCCUAAAAUCACAUAUGAGAGUCCACACUGGAGAGAAACCGUACGAGUGUGACCAGUGUGGGAUCCAAUUUAGAGACUCUAGUGGCCUCUAUCAACAUAUGAGAGUCCACACAGGGGUAAAACCAUACAGAUGUGACCAGUGUGAGAAAACUUUCUCUCAAUCAUCCAGUCUCAAUACACACAUGAGACUUCACUUCUGGCACAGACUAUACGAGUGUGACCAGUGUGAAAAGUUCUUCAGAACAUCCCAGGAACUGUCCAGUCACUACCGAACGCACACAGGAGACGAACCAGACGACUGAAGAAAGAGGGAAGGAUUUGGGGUCUGUGGGGAAAGGAGAAAGAGCUGCUGAGGCCGGAUCAAGUGAGCCUAAAGUCAGACUCAAGAAGCUGGAGAUCAGGCUUCAGAGACUCCAGACUGUGGAGUUGGCCGAUGUGUAGUGUCAAAAAUACAAGUGUUAAAUGACACGUUAAGAUGUUUUUCUUUGUUGUUUAUAUUUGAUUGUUGUUUUAUACUGUUUGCUUCUGUUGUUGUUUGGAGAUGGUUUCUGUAGCUCAGUUAAAGUUUCUGUUUCCUGA